GCGGGAAGGCUGAAACGCGGUGGUUGAGCUGGAACCGAGCUUGCAAGGUUCCAGGUGGACGAAGUUGUAGCCAUGGACAGGAGUGGCUUUGGAGAGAUGUCAUCCCCUGUGAUCCGGGAGGCAGAGGUGACACGGACUGCACGGAAACAGAGUGCUCAAAAAAGAGUUUUAAUUCAGGCAUCCCAAGAUGAAAAUUUUGGUAAUACUACACCAAGAAACCAGGUUAUCCCUCGAACUCCCAGCUCAUUUCGACAGGCUUUUACUCCACAGAACCGAAGCUUACUAAGGCAGCCAGAUGUUUCCUGCAUUUUUGGAACAGGAGGGCGUUCUCCCCGGCUUACACAGUCUUCAGGGAUCUUGGGAAAUCUGUCUAUGGUAAUUAAUCUGGAUGACAGUAACUGGGCAGCUGCAUUCUCAUCCCAGCGUUCAGGGCUCUUCACAAACAUGGAGCCCCAUAAUGUAACAGAAGAUGUAUCUCUCAGUGCUGUUAUGUUACGUGAGGAUGAUCCUGGAGAAGCAGCAACCAUGAGUAUGUUUUCUGAUUUCCUGCAAUCUUUUUUGAAGCAUUCUUCAACUACAGUUUUUGACCUUGUGGAAGAGUAUGAAAACAUUUGUGGUAGUCAGGUGAAUAUACUGAGUAAAAUAGUGAGCCGAGCAACACCUGGACUUCAAAAAUUUUCAAAAACAGCCAGUAUGCUCUGGCUUCUUCAACAGGAGAUGGUCACAUGGAGGCUGCUGGCUUCCUUGUAUAGAGAUAGAAUACAGUCUGCAUUAGAAGAGGAAAAUAUGUUUGCAGUUACUGCUCUGAAUGCCAGUGAAAAAACAGUUGUGGAAGCAUUAUUUCAGAGAGAUUCGCUUGUCCGGCAAAGUCAGCUGGUGGUAGAUUGGUUAGAGAGUAUUGCCAAAGAUGAGAUUGGAGAAUUUUCUGAUAAUAUUGAGUUUUAUGCAAAAUCAGUAUAUUGGGAAAAUACUCUGCAUACCUUAAAACAACGGCCACUAGUUUCUUAUAUAGGAAGUGUUCGUCCUCUUGUCACUGAAUUGGACCCUGAUGCUCCCAUAAGACAGAAAAUGCCCCUUGAUGAUCUAGAUAGAGAAGAUGAAGUUAGAUUACUCAAAUAUCUUUUCACUCUAAUUCGUGCUGGAAUGACAGAAGAGGCACAACGACUCUGUAAACGUUGUGGUCAAGCAUGGAGAGCUGCAACACUUGAAGGCUGGAAACUGUAUCAUGACCCUAAUGUUAAUGGAGGAACGGAAUUGGAACCUAUUGAAGGGAACCCAUAUAGACGCGUUUGGAAAAUAAGUUGUUGGAGAAUGGCAGAAGAUGAGCUUUUUAAUAGAUACGAGAGAGCAAUUUAUGCAGCUUUAAGUGGGAAUCUUAAACAGCUUCUUCCUGUCUGUGACACCUGGGAAGACACAGUAUGGGCCUACUUCCGGGUGAUGGUGGACAGUCUGGUAGAACAGGAGAUCCGGACAUCAGUAAUAACUCUGGAUGAAACUGAAGAACUCCCUAGAGAAUAUUUGGAAGCAAAUUGGACCUUAGAAAAGGUUUUUGAGGAACUUCAAGCUACUGAUAAAAAGAGAGUUCUGGAAGAGAAUCAAGAACAUUAUCAUAUAGUUCAAAAAUUCCUUAUCCUGGGAGACAUUGAUGGUUUGAUGGAUGAAUUUAGCAAAUGGCUUUCCAAAAACAGAAGCAAUCUACCUGGACACCUGCUACGCUUCAUGACUCACCUCAUUUUGUUUUUCCGUGCUCUGGGACUACAGACCAAAGAAGAAGUUUCUAUUGAAGUUUUAAAAACAUAUGUACAGCUUUUAAUAAGUGAGAAACAUAUAAAUCUCAUAGCAUUUUAUACCUGUCAUUUGCCUCAAGACCUCGCUGUUGCCCAGUAUGCAUUAUUUUUGGAAGGCAUUACAGAAUUUGAACAGCGCCACCAUUGCCUGGAACUGGCCAAAGAAGCAGAUUUGGAUGUUGCAACAAUAACAAAAACUGUAGUUGAGAAUAUUCGAAAGAGAGAUAAUGGUGAAUUUAGUCAUCAUGACUUGGCCCCAGCUCUAGAUACUGGCACUACUGAGGAGGACCGUUUAAAGAUUGAUGUAAUUGACUGGUUGGUAUUUGACCCAGCACAGAGAGCAGAAGCACUGAAACAAGGCAAUGCAAUAAUGAGAAAAUUCUUGGCAUCAAAAAAGCAUGAAGCUGCAAAAGAAGUAUUUGUGAAAAUUCCUCAGGAUUCCAUAGCAGAAAUCUAUAAUCAGUGGGAGGAACAAGGAAUGGAAAGUCCACUUCCUGCUGAAGAUGAUAAUGCUAUCAGAGAACAUUUGUGCAUUAGAGCUUAUUUGGAAGCCCAUGAAACCUUUAAUGAGUGGUUCAAGCAUAUGAACUCAGUUCCACAAAAACCUACUUUGAUACCUCAACCAACUUUUACUGAGACAGUGGCUCAGGAACACAAAGAAAAGAAAUAUGAAAUGGAUUAUGGUAUUUGGAAAGGGCAUUUGGAUGCCCUAACUGCUGAUGUGAAGGAGAAAAUGUAUAACGUGCUGUUGUUUGUUGAUGGAGGCUGGAUGGUGGAUGUUAGAGAGGAUGCUGAAGAAGACCAUGAAAGAGCACAUCAAAUGGUUUUACUGAGAAAGCUUUGUCUGCCAAUGUUGUGUUUUCUGCUUCAUACAAUAUUGCAUAGUACCGGGCAAUAUCAGGAAUGCCUACAGUUAGCAGAUAUGGUAUCCUCUGAGCGCCACAAGCUGUAUCUGGUAUUUUCUAAGGAAGAACUAAGGAAGUUGCUACAGAAGUUAAGAGAAUCCUCUCUAAUGCUUCUAGACCAGGGACUUGACCCAUUAGGAUAUGAAAUUCAGUCAUAAUGUAAUGUAAUCUUUGUAAUCUCACUAAUUUUCAUGGUAAGUGGGUUUUUUUGUAGAAUAUACAUAUUUGUAAUUACUGGAUUUUUUCUUUUGCAUUAUU